AUAAUAAAAACCAAAAAAUUAAAAUACCAAAUUUCAAACAAUAUGCUAUGGAGUUUUCCAUAAUUGAUUUGACCACACCAUCGACAACAACAUCAAAUUCUUCAGUUAUUAAUAAUAGCUUAAUUAAUGUCGACCCUAUCGUUGCCGUUACGGAUUUAUGCUGGAGCACCAUUUUGUGGGCCUUCACCAAUGUCAUUUUAUUUAUAUGCAUUUUGGGUGGUAAUGCUCUCACAAUUUUAGCAGUACGCACUUGCCGCCGCUUACGUUGCCUAAUUUCGAAUAUGUUUAUUUGCUCUUUAGCCGUUUCGGAUUUUAUUGUCGGUUUAAGUUUGCCCUAUCAUUUGGCGUUUUAUUUGGGCUCGAAUUGGGGCAGUGUACAUGAACUGUGUCUUAUACGUUUCUUUUUGAUUAUAUUUGCUUGCUGUGUAUCAAUUUUAACACUGAUAGCAAUAUCGAUUGAUCGUUAUAUUGCAAUCGUUUAUCCGCUACAUUAUACAAGAUAUAUGACACGUCGAGUAGCUAUAUUUAUAAUAGCAUUCAAUUGGUCAGUUGGUGCUACAGUAGCAGCAGUACCCAUGUUUUGGAACAAUUGGAGUACUGCUUUUCAAUGUGAGUUCGAUGAAGUUUUGCCACCCUGGUACAUGGCCGGCAUUAUAACACCAGGCUUUACCAUCAUAUGGAUGUUAAUGUUGUUUAUGUACUGGCGGAUAAUGAAGGAAGCCUCAAAACAGGCUAAACAAUUGAAAAAUCCAAGAGGCAAAAGAACAUCAAAUUAUCUACAGCCAGAUUGGAGAUCUGUGCAGAUUGUUGUCUUCAUUAUGGGCUGCUUUUCUAUAUGUUGGCUUCCUUACUUUAUAGUGGCCUGUUCUCAGAUAUUUAAAAUCUAUAAUAUAACACCAUUACUAUACAAAGCAACAUUUUCCUUGGCUAUGACAAAUUCAGCCCUUAAUCCUGUUAUAUAUGCUUGGAAAAAUUCCAAUUUUCGUAAAGCCUUUAUACGUCUAUUACAUUGUAAAUCUCCCAAUUGUUAUCAGAAUUCACCAGAGUUUAGCAAAGAGUCUCCCGUGUCACAAAAACGUUGUUCCAGAAAUGAUUCGCCAAUGGCAGACAAACGCUAUUCCAUAUCAAGUGCUGAUAUACCUAUAAAUCAUAAUGUUGAGGAGUGUGCGAUUAGUGGAGCUGAUGUUGAAGUGUGUGUGAUUAAUGCGAGUACGUUGCAAAUCAAAACAGAACGUUUGCCUAAAAUUUACACAGUUUCGAUGUCAACAACAUCGGAUUGCUUAUCAAUGCAUUGAAACACAAUGC